UUCUGUCUUCCAGAGAGAGCUACUGAUGGGUCCCUGCGGAGCGAAGACUGGGCUCUCAACAUGGAGAUCUGCGACAUCAUCAACGAGACCGAAGAAGGGCCCAAAGAUGCCUUCCGAGCCAUUAAGAAGAGAAUUGUAGGGAAUAAGAACUUCCAUGAAGUUAUGCUGGCUUUGACGGUGCUGGAGACGUGCGUCAAAAACUGUGGCCAUCGCUUCCAUGUCCUCGUGUCCAGCCAGGACUUUGUGGAAGGUGUCCUGGUGAGAACAAUCCUGCCGAAGAACAAUCCUCCUGCCAUAGUGCACGACAAGGUGCUGACCCUCAUCCAGUCCUGGGCGGAUGCCUUCCGCAGCUCACCGGACUUGACUGGUGUUGUUGCUGUCUAUGAAGACCUGAGGCGGAAGGGCCUGGAGUUCCCCAUGACUGACCUGGACAUGCUGUCACCCAUCCACACACCACAGAGGACUGUGUAUAGCUCCAACCCCCAGUCUGGACAGAACUCACCUGCGGUCAACUCCCCUCAGCAGAUAGAGUCCAUCCUCCACCCUGUCACUCUGCCCACUGGGAGAGGCACAUCCAGUGACGCGCCCAUCACCCCCACAGCAGAGCAGAUCGGGAAGCUGCGCAGUGAGCUGGAAGUGGUGAAUGGGAACAUGAAGGUCAUGUCGGAGAUGUUGACGGAGCUGGUCCCAUCGCAGGCUGAGCCUUCCGACCUGGAGCUGCUACAAGAGCUGAAUCGGACAUGCAGAGCCAUGCAGCAGCGUGUGCUGGAGCUGAUUCCCCGUGUUCUCCAUGAGCAGCUCACCGAGGAGCUGCUCCUCAUCAAUGACAACCUCAACAAUGUGUUUCUGCGCCAUGAAAGGUUCGAGCGCCUUCGGACAGGACAGUCUGUUAAGGCCCCAAAUGAGACAGAGAACAGCUUGAUUGACCUGGGACCCAGCACUCCUUCUGCAGUGAAACAGCCUGAAGUCACCAACAGCCUUUCCUCUCAGCUGGCUGGAAUGAACCUGGGCUCCAGCAGCGUAAGCGCAGGACUGCACUCCCUCGACACCUCUGGCAAGCUGGAAGAAGAGUUUGACAUGUUUGCCCUGACCCGUGGCAGCUCACUGGCUGAGCAGCGCAGAGAGGUAAAGUACGAAGAUCCCCAAGCCUCCAAAGGACUCGCUGGUGCCCUGGAUGCCCGGCAACAGAACACAGGAACGGUGCCGGUUCCCCAAGCCAAUUUCAUGGAAGACAUAGAAAAGUGGCUCUCCACUGACGUGGGAGAGCCGGAGGAUGCAAAAGGUGUCACCAGUGAAGAGUUUGACAAGUUUCUGGAAGAGCGAGCAAAAGUUGCGGACCGGCUACCCACUUUGUCCAGCUCCUCAGCAGGGUCCUCCGUCUCCCCGCCCGCUGCCAGCCAUCAUCGGAAGCAAGCAAAGGAAGAGGAUGCCAUGUUUGCCUUGUGAACGCUACGGACUGCCGUGCUGUGGAGCAAGAGGCUGUGUGUGCUGUUUCGCUUGCCCUCCGACCUGGGGCCAGCAGGGGAAGGACUCUGUCCCCUUCCUCUACUCUCUUCCUGUUUUCCCUUUGAGUUGUUUUUAAGCUGCUUUCAGAUAAUCUUUGUUGUGUUUAGGGAUGUCACACAACAGACUUGUGAAGGGGGUUUCGAGGCUGCUAGAGAAUGUGGGAGUU